AUGGCUAACUGUUCAGAUCCAAACGCCAGUAUCGUGCCUGAUAAUUCCUGUGACACUGGCAUUUUUGAGUUCGCGUUGUUUUUUAUAGCCGCUGUUUUCGUAUUUGGAGUACCUGGUAACUGCCUGAUCCUGCGUGUCUAUUGGACAAAGGCACGUAAAACCAGCACCCACGUUCUGAUCAUGGCCUUAGCCUGGGCUGAUCUGUCCGUUUGCCUUUUACAGUCGGUUUACAUUGCGGAACUUGCUCUCGAAUGUGGAGGCAACGGUACACACCUAAUUUUCUUGUUGAUUGGUACAUUCGAGACAAUUGGCAUAGCUAUUUCCCUUGGUAUUACCGCUGUGAUUGCUGUGGAUCGCUAUGACUGCAUAUGCCGGCCACAAAGGCGGUUUUGCACGCCAAGACGGGCAAAGGUAGCUGUUUUCGUUGUCGUGCUGAUCUCAGUUAUAGGAAAUAUUCCUGAAGGCAUCAACGAUUUCCUGCUGUGCCCGUAUAGGCUGUUAGGCAUAGGCCUACUUGUGCCAAUUUUCCAAACCAUUGCUGUGUUAAUUGCACUUAUAGCCAUUGUGCUUUGUUACGGGAAAGUCUACGCAAGGAUCUUGAAACAUGUAAGAGUUGGUGCAAUCCCUGAACGCACAUUGACGCAAGAUGAUCGGGCCGCUUCCAAGAUCGACAAGGACCGAACGAUACCAUCGACACAAUGCGCUCUGCCAAGGAAAGAUCAACUGAGUGCUAUCCACAGCAAAUGUUCGACACAACUGAUACCAGAAGCUCUAGCUAGACUCGAAGCUAAUACGUCUGUUGUCGACAACGAGGUGUCGACAGUUAUCAAUCUGGCAAGCACCAGCUAUACGACUCAUCAUGCAUCUACUUCAAGGCUGGACAUUCUUGAGGUGCCCCAAAAUACAAAUGAUAAGAUGGUGAAUCUUGCCGAGCGCGAUUCCAAAGUUGGCCAGAAAAGCGUUUCCCAGUUAUCAGAGCAAGGCUGUAGUAACGGCGGGGACAUGAACCACCAUGAAGCAACGCCGGACACUGUGAGGAGACAUGCCCCUAAAAGGAUGGGCGGCGCCGUCCUACAGCGUAAGACAACAAAAAUGCUCUUCGUUACCAGUGUGGUGCUCCUGCUGACGUGGCUACCAGUUCUUAUUUAUAAUGCCAUCGAAAUUGCUUAUUUGACAGAUAGCAACAUAGACACUAAAAGUGCAUUUCUCACUCAGGCUAUAUUGGACUGGCUGUUUUGCAUCAUCUAUGCCAACAGUGCCAUUAAUCCAUUGAUUUACGGACUGGCAAACAAACGAUUCAGGAAAGACUGCACGGAGGUGUUUCGAAAAAUCAGACGCUAG